AGGUCUCAACUGAUCUAUUUCUAUCUCUCAUCGUGUCUGGCUGACAAACAUCACUUCUCAAGAGUGGAAUCUAGCUGCUGAUGAGGCUUCAUCACAGAGACGUGAGAGGCAAAGAUUAGUUUGAGAGAAGCAGCGAGUUGCUUUGUCAUCUUCCUUCUUUCUGUGUCAGGUUUAAUCUACCUUCAUCAGGCUCAGCAAGCAUGUAAGUGGAAAGAGGAAGGAAGUCACAGACGAGAGCAGCAGCUACUAUGAGUGUAACUGCAGCAGCCAGUGGAUUUGUUGUCCUUCUUCUCACUGUGACAGUGGUACAGUGUGAGAAUGGCUGGGAUGUGAGUUACACUUCUACUGAGAUCUGUGCCGUCAGAGGAUCAACAGUGGACAUUACCUGUACCUACACAUACCCAUCCACAUUUAAUAACCAUGAUACUACAGUUCAGGAAACUUUCUGGUUCAUUAAAGAGAGUAAUGGGAUUCAUGUUGAUCUAAGUACUGAUCCGGAGUAUUCAGGUCGUGUGGAGAAUCUCUGUGGAAACAACAAGUGCACUCUGAGAAUCUCUAACCUGAGAGAGAGCGACUCAGCUGUGUACAAGUUCAGGUUCACAACAAACCAACCUACUGGGAGUUUUACUGGUUCAGCUGGAGUCACUCUGUCUGUCACAGAUUUGCAUGUGCAGGUGAGCAGAUCAGUGAAGUAUGACACUUAUAACUGGGCAGAGCUCAGGUGUCAGAGCAGUUGUCGUCUUCCUGAUCAUCUGAACUACGUCUGGUACAAGAAUCAACAGAAGAUGAAUGAAGGAGAAUCUUAUUCAGGUCAUUUUUAUCCUACAACCAGAGUUUCCUGUGCUGUUAAAGGACACGAGGAUUUCCGCUCUCCGUCAAUGUUGGUGAGGAGUCAGAAUGGCUGGGGUGUGAGUUACACUUCUACUGAGAUCUGUGCCUUCAGAGGAUCAACAGUGGACAUUAACUGUACCUACACAUACCCAUCCAGGUUGAAUAACCAUGAUACUACAGUUCAGGAAAAGUUCUGGUUCAUUAAAGAGAGUAAUGGGAUUCACGCUGAUCUAAGGACUGAUCCGGAGUAUUCAGGUCGUGUGGAGAAUCUCUGUGGAAACAACAAGUGCACUCUGAGAAUCUCUAACCUGAGAGUGAGCGACUCAGCUGUGUACAAGUUCAGGUUCACAACAAACCAACUUUCUGGGAGUUUUACUGGUUUUCCUGGAGUCACACUGAAUCUCACAGACCCUCAGCUCCAGGUACAUGUGAGGAGAUCAACAGCCAAUCCAUCUUCUACCUGGACAGAGCUGACCUGUCACAGCAGGUGUCAGCUCCCUGAUCAUCUUUCCUACGUUUGGUACAAUAACAAUAAACCUGUUGGACGAAAAAAAUACUUUCACCUCCGACACUUUAAUGCUGAAGACAGCUAUCACUGUGCUAUAGAAGGACAGGAGCGUUUCCCUUCUCCUACAGUGUACGCUCCAAAGCCUCCCUCUGUGUCAGUGAGUCCCUCUGGUGAGAUCAUGGAGGGCAGCUCAGUGACUCUGACCUGCAGCAGUGAUGCUAACCCAGCAGCUAAAUACACCUGGUACAGGAGAAGAGGAGAUAAACAAGUUCAACGUCUCAGUGAAGAGACACAAUUUGUCCUCAGCUCCAUCCGGUCGUCAGACUCUGGAGAGUAUUACUGCACAGCUGAGAAUGAGCUGGGAAGGAGUUCAGCAAACAUCUCUAUUACUGUGACAUACGCUCCGAAGCUUCCCUCUGUGUCAGUGAGUCCCUCUGGUGAGAUCAUGGAGGGCAGCUCAGUGACUCUGACCUGCAGCAGUGAUGCUAACCCAGCAGCUAACUACACCUGGUACAAGAAGAACCGAACUCUGCUUCAUGGACCAGAGGGUGUUUAUCGUCUCUCCUCCAUCAGCUCUGGGGACAGCGGGGUCUACUCCUGCAAGUCUGAGAAUCAGUACGGACGGAUCAACUCCACGUCUCUACACUUAGACGUCCAGUACGCUCCAAAGCCUCCCUCUGUGUCAGUGAGUCCCUUUGGUGAGAUCAUGGAGGGCAGCUCAGUGACUCUGACCUGCAGCAGUGAUGCUAACCCAGCAGCUCACUACACCUGGUACAAGGAGGACGAGGACUCACCAACAGCAUCAGGACAAAUCUUCACCAUCACUGAUAUCACAGCUGAACAUGGUGGAAAGUAUCAGUGUGAGGCCCAGAACACACACGGACGUAGUAAGGCCACCUUACAUCUGACUGUUGGAGCAGCAUGGAGAUCAGCACUCAUUGGAUCAGCUGCUGCAGUUUUCCUCACUGUGACUCUCCUCUCCGUGUUCCUACUGAUCAGGUGA